UCUUUCAUCAUGAGCCAGUACCAACACACACGAAUCAAGCAUACAAACGCGCCGGCUGCGUUCGUGACCGAGAGCGCCCAGUUGCUGAUCAAGCUCAUCAACGACGCCAUUGCCGCUCGUGGACGCUGCCUCUUGGGUCUGUCAGGUGGCUCAACCCCGGGCCCGAUCUACACGGCACUCGGUACAUCCAGCGAAGUGCAGUGGGACAAGGUGUUCCUGUUCCUGGUGGACGAGCGAUACAUUGCCAAGGAGGACAAGAAUGCAAAUCACAACAUGCUCCUCAACACGAUUCUCAAAGCCGAAAAGCCCAUUCCCGAGGCAAAUCGCAUCCUCCUCAACACCACCCUCCCGAUUGCCGAGUGCGUGGCAGACUAUGGGGCAAGGCUGCAAAAGCUCUUCCAUGAGUAUGGUCCGGCGGAUGUGUUGACGCUCGGCAUGGGCCCAGACGGGCACAUUGCCUCAUUGUUCCCGCCCGUUGUUCCCGCUGGCUUCCAAGCCGAGCCGUUGACCGUGAACACGCAGACAGAGCAGUUUGCCGUUCGCGAGCGUGUUUCUCUGACGCUGCCGGUCAUUCAAGCUGCCCGUGCCCACGUGUUCUUCUUUAACGGGGCCGAUAAGGAGCAAAUCUGGAACACCAUGUUGGAACACAGCUCCGAAGGCGCCACUCGCUGGCCUGCUCUCCCCGUCCUCGAGCAGGGCCGUACAACCGUCGUGUUCAACACAUGACUGCCAAACCAGGUCUCUCACACUCGUGCGCGCCUUUGAAUUCGAAUCGGCAGGAAUUUGUUCCAACGAAAAACAGUCUUGAAAUUUCAAGCGUCAACCCACAAGCCGGGUUUGUUUUAUUAUUGCACCACGUUUCUGAAU